CAUUAGGUUAGCAGAAACAUCUGUGUGUGUAUGUUUAAUAUGUGUCCGGCUGUAGUUCGAUCUAUCAUUUUUUUGUGAAUUGAGUGCGUACCAUAAACGCUUGAGACAUGGCACACAUGUGGAAUAAGACCAGGAACCUGUAAAAAUGAUGAAAAUGAAUAUUCAAAGACGAGCAUCAUCAUAAAACUACAAAGAAGAUAAUCGAAAAUGCUACGAUUACAUUGACACUUUUCCGUGAUCCCAAAACUAGGAUAAUUAGGGUAGAUUCAAGAUUUAGGUAUCAGAAAGUGCUUUCCUUCAUCAAGUUUUUGGCCUGAUUUGUUCUUCGUGUUCGUCCUUCCGGUAGACUUCAUACACAUAAGCAGCCCAGUAAUAAACAAUUCCCACUCGUGGAAAAAACUACUUCCUUCGAUUUCAUCGACACUUUGGCUACAACAAUCAUCAUGAAAAUGAUGGGGCUCGUCGGUGCACUAUUUUUUGUGCUUUCCCUCACGGAUUGCCUUCUGGGCGUCGCUUUAUUCAACACCGUGCUGGCGCAAAUCUUGGAAGGCCUCGUGGUCUUCGCCUUGGAGCAGGAUAAUCAUGCGAAGAAGAGCUCGUAUCUUCGAGGUGGAUACGCGACCACGGCAGGGGGGGCGGAUCACGGUUCUUUAUGUGUGGUUUUUGUCAUUAAUGAAAUAUCAAAACUUCUUAGAAAUGACAAGUAAUUCUAUACCGUAAGCAAAGUCCUCGAGUAGAUUCACGACGUCUAUUUUUGCCGUUAUGUUGUGAAUUAUCAUGAUCAUGAUGCUGCUCGCACUUCUUAGCUAGAACCUUACGAAGGCAGGCCCUCUAUGAAAUCGCCACGACAUUUGGCCGCCGAUUGCUCCCUAAGUCGGCGAGCUGUGGGAGCUGUGGCGGAUCUUGUUGCAAGUCUCAGCCCUAUUGUGACAGGCCUCGGGCCUACUGUGACGGGCCUCAGUUUUACGGUGACGGGCCUCGGCGUUAUAGUGACAAGCCUCGGCCCCACUGUGAUGGGCCUCGGCCUUGCUGUGGCGGGUGUCGGUCUUGCGUUACUGUGAAGGGCCUGGGCCUUACUGCGACGGGCCUCAGGAUGGUUCCCGGUCUUACCGUGCUGGGCCUCCGCCUCACUGUGACGGGCCUCGGACUUACUGUGAUGGGCAUCGGCUUUACUUGGAAUUGGAGGGCAGGCGUCCCCAAAAGUGGCCCUAAGUAAGGCGCGAGUGCCCUUCUCGUUGGCGGCUCGAGAAGGGCGUUUGUGCUUGGAGGCAUUCUAGUGGCAUUAGGAUUCAAACAGCCCGAGAAACUAGGGGGGCGCCGCCUGUUUCUCAGUUGCUUCUCGAGCUGUUCGAAUCUUGAUAAUACUAGAAUCGCAAUGCCCGCCGGCAAAAACGUCAACAAGGUGGCGCAGGCGCUCUUCCCGAGCCGCCAACGAAGAAGGCGCCCGCGCCUUGGGCCGUUUUUGGGGGCGCCUAGCUUCCCGUUCCGAGUGAGACUGUGAGGCCCGUCACAGUAAGAGUAAGGCGGAGGCCCGUCGCAGUAAGGACGGGGCCUGCUGCAGCAAGGCUGAGGCCCGUCACGGUAAGACCGAGGCUCGUCACAGUACGGCUGAGACUUGUCACAGGAACAAGACUGAGGUGACAGCUUAGAAGUGAUAAAGUGCGGGGAGCUCUUGCUUUCGUAGCUCUUUGGCCUCGCUAGCUUUUUCUUAGCUCUUUGGCCUCAGUAGGAGCGAGGGUAUCCGAUGGUGUUACACUUACAGCUUGCUAGUACAUACGUACAAGAUGGCGCGCAGGGAAGUAUUUGCUGUUUUUUCAUCACGAGAGACUCUCCAUCAAUGAUGACUAAAACAAAAGCUAGAGGAGACCUCUAGCAAACAGGCCAUGGACAGGAGUAAAACUGUGAAUUUGCAGAAACAUAUCACGCAUAACGGUUGCUAGCUGUGGGAUGGCUUCAACAGUAUUACUAGACUCUAACUCUGCAUGAUCGCGCCGAGGGUGUGCGUUUUCUGAAGCAAAACGAGACUGCGAUGGCGGUGGAGUUCGAUAAUAUCGAAGAAAGUGGUUUUCUGCAAGAGAAGCGGGUAACUGGAGAAAGAACAAAAGCCAGCUUGACGCUGCGUAACGGAGAAAAGAAAGAAGUCGAGUAUAUCUACGACGACAAAGCGUGUAACGAGAUUUAUGCUGAAUGGUAUUGAAUAUUACUCCAAGCGAUCCUUUUUGCAUAGCUAGGCUGUUCAGCGGCAACACCGUUUCAAGUGAUUCAUUCCCGAUGACUUCUAUGUCUAUCCUUCAACAGUAUCCAAGGGAUACCCUUGCAGGACACUUCACGGGGAUGAGCGGUGCAUUGCUUUAAAAAUCCCUAUCGGACAACGCAUGUCACUCAAAGAGCAAGGGGACGAAGUGCCGCAGCGGCAUGCGGGGGAUAUUUGGCUUUCAGACGUGCGAAGGUGAGCUUGUCUGGACGCUGAACAAUGUGGGUGUCGAAAGCUGGAGAACUGAGGCUUUGGGAAAGCUGAGUAAGUGGUUCCAAGAUGAACGACAGACACUCCGUUUAGAUCGUAUUUGUAGGUGUUCUCGGUAGAGUGCUAGUCGGUAACUAAUGGCUGCUUGGUAUAAGAAAGGUCACGGCUUCACCUGUUAAAUCUUGGCUAAAUUGAGGUCGUCCGAUCGAUCGUCUUUAGCGCUUUCAGCGCUAUGGGUUUUCGUGGCAAAUUAAUAGACAUCUAAAGGAACUUUAGAUGCUGUUCAUUUUUGGGUGGAAUAAUGGAACUGAAGCGUAUUGGUUGGCAAUAGCAGGCUUUUUUUAUAUUUAAGUGGGCCCGGAGUAAAAAGGCCCCAAAGCUCCUUAGUUUAGUAAGCCUAUGCGCCUUUUGUUGUAACUUAUUGUCUUGCACUUUUGUUCUACAAGGAGCUGCCUCCUGUUUUUUAUAAGGCCGUUGCCUUAUUGUUGACGGCUUCUUGUGAAGCCUGUUUGAAAGUGGGGUGGUCACAGCCUUUGCAGGCUUGUUGAUGUACGCCCAUGCUAUCUUCAUUUUGAGUUCUUGUUCGUUUGAUUUGUGUGUUUGUCACACAGUUACCUCUUUUCCUUGGUUCCCGUUGGUUUCCAGAUUCCUUUUGUUUGCUGGUCAGCGUGGCGUCGUUGGUCCUUCCGAGUCUUCGAGUUUCUCGUCGGGCUGUGCCAGCAUGGAGUGUUUCGACGGCCACAUGUCCAUGCCUGUGUUCUUUAGUGUACAUUCGCGGUUCUCAGUCAUUGAUCUCGUUCAUACUUUCGCACUUCUGAGACUCAGGCUUCGCGCGGCUAGCUCGGGCGACACUCGCAACAGAUCACUUCGUCGCGCUUUAUUUCAUAACUCUCACCCACCUUUACACUUUUACAAUAAAAAACGAAGUAACCAUGUUCGAGCCUUUAUGGCGUGGCGUGCUAUAAGUUUACGCAGUACUACUUGAGGAAAGCUCGACGACGGAGCACCCACCUCGAAAGAUCACACUAAUCAGGUCGCUUCCCACUGGAGACCCAAACGCGGGCGGGCUCCUCUCGUCUCAAGUAUGCUGAUCCCCCCACGACUUCAAGAAAAGUAAGCGAGAUCCCUCAGCGCAGGACAGGAGCGAAAGUUCUCGAAAUGUGCACCCAGAGAGAUCCACGAUCAUCAAAGUCCAGGCGGAUUCACAGCCUGAAAAUAAUAAACAAAGCUGAAGCCUUUCGGCCGGGAGGCUUCCUCUCAGGUCUUUGCUGAUCAUCUUGGUCGCGUUCUCUCUUUCAGAUUGUGUCGCCAGUCUUUGCACCCUAGCAAAUUCCUGACAUUGCAGGCCCUGCGACCAUCCAACACGUUCAGCUACAUCAUGCUGAAGACGGUGGCCCCUUGGCUCCGGGACACCGCGCCCGAGGGCGGCCCCGUCUGCCCCGGUGCCCGCGCUCUGACUGUGGGUCAAGCUCAAGCAUGUAUGCUGCAGCGAAAUACCCGGCGGCGCUGACGUUGCCGACGUAAUCGGAGGCGCCCCCCGUCGUAAAGCGUUCGGCGCUGCUCUUUUCGAAGUGAAUGAAGUCGGCGCUGUGCUGCAGCUCAGCGGUAAAGAAAAGGCGAUCGCGGUCCUGGGGGUCAUCGCUUUGCCGUCCUUUCAGGAUGAACGUGGCGCGCGCGAAAGAGAGCUGCAACGACCUCAAGGAGGUGAAGGCCAAAGGCGUCGCUUUUUCAGCCUUGCAGCUGAUCCAAGUGGCGCAACGUAACAAGGAAAAGGAAGAGGAGCGCGGGCACCGCAAUGAUUUGACGCGCAUCGCGAUGGCGGCUUCCGCUUCGUCUCACUCUCAUGGUUAAGCAGCUGAAGAAAGUCGCGCAGCUCGGUCCGCGUUCUGCUGGUCCUUGGAAUCUGAACCGUGUCAGAUAAGACUAAGAGCAGCGUGACCCCUUCACAGAACCGAGCGAACCUCGUGCGCCUUCAGAUGGGGCGGGGCUUCUCCUUCCAUUUCGCGGAUUUCAUUUGAAGGCAAGCCCUUGGCACCCUACGCGGGGCGGCUGGGGUAUUAGGCUCGGCUUAUGAGAAUGAGAACGAGCGCAAGACCAACGACAGAACCCGCGGAGGCUCUGGCAGCUCUGGGAUUGGUAUAGGCGCCCGACGCUCCGCGAAGCAACUGCUGGCAAAGGCAACUGCAAAGAGCAAGGGCGCGGGGCCUCCGCUUUCGCAGUGUUUGCCUUUUCACGGCGGGGCGCCAAUCGCUUGGGCUGUAGCCAGUGAGGGCCGGCCCAGCAAUCGAAAACCAGGUCGCUGCAGUCAAUCUCGCACCUGUACACUCCUGCGAUUGUUUUGUAGAAAGGCGCCGCCAACCACUUCGGGCCCCGCGCUGUCACGGCUAUCGACGCCAAGACCCGCCAGGAGAGGCUUGGAGAACGCUGCCAGGGUGGCUCUGAUAUCAUGGGCAAAGAAUGUUCGCGACUUCUGUGGUGACGAAGGAACGACUUCCGCGUCCGCGAGUGUCUCAGGCCUCUGCAACAUGAGGGAAGGCUGUCGCCGCGGCAAAGGAAGCUAAAGCAGCAGACGAGGAAGCCAGGCGCCGCAAAGCUGCAGCUCAAUAAAGCUCCAGACGCGGGAGGUCGCCGAUGGAGAGGAAAUGCCAACGAACCCCCCGGAGCAGCCAUGCCCGGGAGCUUCGAGAGCGGUCAGAGUCAGACAAGCAGUCACCCCUAAGGGGAAGCCGGUUGGCCGCAGAGAAAGGUGGGGGCGCUCUAUGUGGGCUCUAUCUGCAGAAAACUAACAACGGAGGACACUUCUCCAGCGAAGUGAACAAGCAAGGAGAGCAAGAGCGAGGGCAGCACUGCCGAACGCCUUCAGACAGUCGCCCCCCUCUCGUCGCGCCAGAAUUAGCCACGCCACCCUGAGAGGGCGAGAGGGAUGCAACUGGUGGCGAGACAGCUCGCUUCUCUCAGGCAGACACCCCCCCCCCAGGCCAGCACUUGGGUUGCUGGGUUUUGGUUAAAAGAUAAAGUAAGGGUCGGCUUCCUGGGACCGCGGGCCGCUUGUCUUGAACUUUUGCCUCCCCGCUUAACUUCGGCGCCUUGCGCGCCUCUGUUUUUCGUGCCGUGUUCGUUGCGCUUGCGGGGACAUUUGCGAGCGACUGAGUGCGGCCAAGGGCCGGUGGGAGGAUUUGGCCACAGUCAGAUCUCAAUCUUGCAGCGGAUUGAAAAAAAAAACGACCGGAAAAGUCUGGGGGCUUUUGCGUCUCUUUUUUUCAGCUUGCUUCGCUUCGAUGCUUUUUGGGUGACUCGGGGCCCAAAUCGUAGGGGCCUCGGGCGGCUUCUUGGAGGGAGUGCUGGUGGGUGUGCCUAGUGUCACCGAAGGGGGGCGGCGGUUUUCGGGUAUGGUGCUUCGGGUCUUUGGGCGCCCCCGUGUCGCGUUUCAGUGGGCGGGGCUUGCUUGUGUCUGCCUUCCAUGAUUUGGUCGCCUUGCUUUGGUCCACGCGCAGGGGCGGGGGGUAUUUGGUGGCGCUCGUUCUUCGUAUGGUGCCCGCACUAACUGGUGACUGCAAAGGCCGCCCGCCUAUGAAAUCGCCGCGGGCUUUGUCACUCGGUUCUUCUGGAAAUUGGAAAGCUGUGGAAGCUGUGGCGCCUCCUGUGACUGGCCUCAGACUCCUUGCGACUAGUUGUCGGCGUCUCAGUCUUUUCGUGACUACUCGCAGGCUUUUUUACUCUGACUGGCUUCAGGCUUCUUGAGGGCGCUAAGAUUCGAACAGCCUGACGGACAAAGAAACUCAGCCAGAGGCUAGCCACAGUAAGCGCGAGACUAGUCCUGUCACAGUGGGCGCGAGGCUAGUCGCAGUGAGUCUGAGGCUAGUCGCAGCAGGUCAGAGACUCCUCGCGCCUCCCUUCACAGUGGGCGUGAGACUAGUUCUUGCAGCAAUUCUGAGGCUAAUCGUAGUAAGAUCGAAGAUAGUCGGAGUACGUAGGUCUUUGACCUCGCUGGGGUGAAUGGGAGAAGUCGCUGGGAUGCUGUGUGGAAGUUUCCUUUUCUGAAGAGUGCGCAACACGCUUGGCAUUCUGGUUCUGACGCACCCGAGUGGGUGUCUCGGCUGGAACUUUAGGCACUUGGAGUAGCCAAAUUGGAAGGAAGCUCUCCUUUCGCCAGCACUCAAAGCAGAUAGGUUCCAAACUCCAAUCCUGACCCAGACAGCACUCUCUCAGUUGGCAACUUGUGCCCGCUCUUCCCAUCGCGUUCCACUUGGUCUGGCGGAUGCGCAGAGCCCAAUGAGCUCGAAAGCUGGCUCGUCUUGAUGUUCGAAAGGCAGCACGAGCUACAAAAUGGAGAAUCCGUCGACCAUCUGUCGGCCCCUUUAUUUUGUCUUCGCGAAGAAGCUUGCUAGCUCCUCGAGGCGCUGCUUCUUCAUCGGCGUCUCUCUCUUUCCCUGCUGUGUGUCGGGUUGCAAAGCUUGCGCCCUUCAUUCUCAGAGCUUCCAGGCCUUUCAGUCGGAAGCGCUGUUGUUUGGGGCCCAUCUGCAAGAGUGUUGGGGCAAGAGCGGAGAGAGGGACUUUCGUCCGGGUGUUGUUUGGGGUUCUGCCAGGCGUCCCACUUUCUCUUUCCCAAACAACACCCGGACAAAGUUGUCGGCUGUCUGAGGAACAUGAUCGGUUUUCACCUUCGCUUGGGUGCCGCGCAUCCUACACGCGGCGUUGCCGUUCUAUGGUAACGAUUUGCUUUCGCAUUCGCCUUCACAUUCGUAUUCACAUUCUCACGCGCACACAUUCCCUUUCUCUAUUCUCUUUCUCUUUCACCCUCCAUUCCCGCCUUGCUUCAGCUGCUGCCUCAAACUCGGGGUGGGCCUGUUGCGGGGGCGCCGAACUUCAUCUCGGCACAGCUUCGUUUUCACAUUUCGCUUCUCUUCACGUUUCGCUCAUGUUCCUUUUUCGUGUCCCGUUCUCCGUCUACGCUCGCGUCUUCAUUGUGGUCCCUUUGCAAUUCUCACGAUCUUUUAUUCCAUCGUGCUUAGGUUGAUCCUCAGUAUGCAACGAAGUGCGUAGGCUGGUGUGGAGUACUGGCGACCGCAGGCAAAGUAACGCCCUCUCGAAUCGUGUUCCUUCAUUAUACUGCGCGGCCAAAUCUAUCAUGUGCUACCUUAAAAAUAACAAAGAUGAGUAUUAAUGUUUUUGAUUGUCACAUAAUUAAAAUCUGAGAGCAGAUGAUCGCCCAACAUUCUUUCACAAAGCAUCUCAUGUUCCAUAUCGUUCAUUUAUCUCCUACAUAUUCGACGUAACAAUUCCACUCCUAAAUUUUGAUUUGAAUGCAUGAAAGUUAAUUAUCGCAUCUCAACGAGAACACAACAAUGAACAAACUAAAGGACAGUCUAACAAUAAUAUCAUCAAACUAGUAAACUCACAGUAGCUGAAGACAUACAGGCACACCAAAACAUACGACGUAAAUACAUUCAGCAUUCCACGAAAGCGAAAGAGUUCGUUAUAUCUUCAUGUGUACUUAAUCUUAAAUAGAAAAGCGACGAAAUUAAAGACAUUCGUUAUACAAAAAAGGAGGCAAGAACGAAGUCAGGAGCACAGCCACACCUCGAUGGGUUUUUUGACUUGAUUAAUUGGUAUGAGGUCGUAACACUCGAACCGAUCAUGUCGUGAUGCUGAUGAGACUGGGUGUCCUAAUAUUAAAUUAUUGUUUUAAUUCACUUGAGGUGGUGUAGUGUAUGAAACUAUCGCAGAGAAGUCGGCGCAAAAACCACUUCCCUAUAGUUUGUGACCAUACCUAAUCCAUGAAGACAAGAAUCACAUAGGAGAUGCGUGUGCUUUUUGAUGUGCCAGACGCCUUGAGCAAAUAAUCAAUUUUUGAAUAGUAUCUCUCCUCUUUGAAUAGUAUGAAGGUGGGCUGUCUAGUCACACGAGGAGGUGGAUCAGUGUCGCACCGCGAUCGCUGGCGAUCCUUUUUGAGCUAGCUUUCUUGGCAUUUAAAGUAGUAGGCCAGAUUGAUGAGUAAGACGAGGCUCCUAUAAUAUUCAGAAGAAGUAGAACAAGUAGGCCUCUCCUUCCAUUUGUGGGCUAUCCUGGGAAGGAGGUGGCGAGCCGUCUUGAUCAUCAAUGACACGCAGAUGCGUGCGGGGAGGCCCUCUUCCUCAAUCUGUUCAUGGAGGACCCCCUAGUCGCAUAAAUCAUAUACGUAAGCCACAGGUCUAAUUGCUGACCUGGUGCUGAUCAUAGGUCACGCUAGCUUGGCAAGAUCAGCCGGCUAGGUGGGCGCAUGUGCGCGCGUUUCUCACGCCAAGUAAGACCAAUGCAAAACGCAUGAUCAUACAUUUCUUGACUUUCGUUCCUUGUUGCCAUGAUCGAUGUCUUGCGCAAAUAAUAACCUUGCUGUUUGUCAGCACAGACACUGGAAGGUGUCUGAGUGAUGCCGUGCAGUUGUGAU